GUCAUCACCAAAAACCACCAACACCGUGGUUGGCUCUUUUCUUUUCUGCCAGCCCUUAAAGGCCUUGGGGAUCAGGCAAGCACCUCGUGUAGCGUUUGGCUCUCUGCUCCUGUCCGCCCCGGCCCCUCAUCCCUUCUAAGCCAAAAGUCAAACGCCGGGGCCAGAAGUCUGGGAAAGCCGUAAGUCUGGCUGCCUGGUUGGCGUCUAGUAGUAAGUUCCAGGUUCCGGAGGUAUUUAAGCAAAGACUGGAAUUUGGUGGUGGUGGAGUAUAAGGGAUUCCUAAACAGAGUGUUGUGAUAGAUAACCCCUCUUUAAAAAAGACCUUUCUAGCAUUGAAAAGUAUGAUGCUGCAGGAGAAUUGGCCGGAGAGAAUCAACCUCCAGCGAAGAGCUGGACGGCACUUUAUAUUCAAAACUAAAACUCAGAGUCGGUCAGUUUUCAGUAUCUGUAGCGUGACCGUCACUGAGCUAGACCUCAGUUUAGCCCCAGUGGUGUAGCUGCUCUCGGUAUCCCCAGUUCUCACGCUCUUGAUAUUUUUCUUCUAGGACUCUUUGAGCACCCGCCCCCACGGCGGAAAAGACAGUUUCGGUUCCUAAUAAAAGCAGUUCCUCACCAGCCACUAAUAACCAAGAAAAAUUUGUCAAAUAAAUCCCUUUAGGAACACUAGUUUGGGCCUGGAAAUCCCAGGAGCAAGAGUCGAGUUGUCACAAAUCCCUAAGGACCUUGAGGGGAAUCCGUUUGCUGGAGACUUGACCGUGCUGAAGUGCUAACUUGUAAUUUAGAAAAACAGCCAAUCAGCGUUUUAGAAAGAUCGUCCACUGUCUUUGCCUGAUUGCUCAGAGCCUGUCGGAUAGACUGGGAAGCCAUGGAAACUGCUGGGAAAGAGGAAAUCAGUGUUGAAGAUGAAGCUGUGGAUAAAAACGUUUUCAAAGACUGUAGCAAGAUUGCCUUCUACAGGCGUCAGAAACAGCAGCGUUCCAGGAAGUCCAUCUACCAGGCAUUACUAGAAUCAGUCACAACAGGCAAAGAAAGCACCAGGUUCCAAGUUGUCAACAAAGCAACUAAGGUUUCUCUCCUGGCUGAAAUCUAUGGUAUAGAGGGAAAUAUUUUCAGGCUUAAAAUCAAUGAAGAAACUCCCCUGAAACCCAGGUAUGAGGUUCCUGAUGUCCUAACAAACAAGCCAAGCACUGUAAGGCUGGUUUCAGGCUCAGGGGACACAGGCAGUCUGAUACUGGCAGAUGGAAAAGGAGAUCUGAAAUGUCAUAUCACAGCAAACCCAUUCAAGGUAGACUUGGUCUCUGAAGAAGAGGUUGUGAUGAGCAUAAACUCCCUGGGCCAACUGUACUUUGAGCACCUGCAAAUUCCUCUCAAGCAAAGAGUUACCAAAGAAAAUGAGGAGGAUGCAUCAGUUGAUACAUCUCAGGAAAAUCAAGAGGAUCUGGGCCUAUGGGAGGAGAAAUUCGGAAAAUUUGUGGAUGUCAAAGUUAAUGGUCCUGCAUCUGUUGGUUUGGACUUCUCCUUGCAUGGAUUUGAGCAUCUCUACGGGAUCCCACAACAUGCAGAAUCACACCAACUUAAAAAUACUGGUAAUGGGGAUGCUUACCGUCUUUAUAACCUGGAUGUCUAUGGAUACAAGAUACAUGACAAAAUGGGCAUUUAUGGUUCAGUGCCGUAUCUCCUGGCGCACAAGCCAGGCAGGACUCUAGGCAUUUUUUGGCUGAAUGCCUCAGAAACAUUAGUAGAGGUCAAUACAGAGCCUGCAGCAAAGUAUACCCUGACCCAGAUGGGCCCAGUUGCUGCUAAACAAAAGGUCAGAUCUCGAACUGAUGUGCGUUGGAUGUCAGAGAGCGGAAUCAUUGAUGUUUUUCUGCUGACAGGACCUAUGCCUUCUGACGUCUUCAAGCAGUAUUCGUACCUUACAGGCACACAAGCCAUGCCCCCUCUCUUCUCCUUGGGAUACCAUCAGUGCCGCUGGAACUACGAAAAUGAACAGGAUGUAAAAGCAGUGGAUGCAGGAUUCGAUGAACAUAACAUUCCUUAUGAUGUCAUGUGGCUGGACAUAGAGCACACUGAGGGCAAAAGGUACUUCACCUGGGACAAGAAAAGAUUCCCAAACCCCAAAAGGUUGCAAGAGCUGCUCAGAAGCAAAAAACGUAAGCUUGUGGUCAUCAGUGACCCCCACAUCAAGGUUGACCCAGACUACUCAGUGUACACCAAGUCCAAAGGCCAGGGCUUCUUUGUGAAGAAUCAUGAAGGGGGAGACUUUGAAGGGGUGUGCUGGCCUGGUCUCUCCUCUUACCUGGAUUUCACAAGUCCCAAGGUCAGAGAGUGGUAUUCAGGUCUAUUUGCUUUCUCUGCUUAUCAGGGAUCCACGGACAUCCUCCACAUAUGGAACGACAUGAACGAACCCUCUGUCUUCAGAGGCCCAGAGCUAACCAUGCAGAAGAGUGCCAUACACCACGGCAACUGGGAGCACAGAGAACUUCACAACAUCUAUGGGUUUUAUCAGCAAAUGGCUACUGCAGAAGGACUGAUACAGCGAUCUAAAGGGAAGGAGAGACCCUUUGUUCUAACACGUUCAUUCUUUGCUGGAUCACAAAAGUAUGGUGCUGUGUGGACAGGUGACAACACAGCAGAAUGGAGUUACCUGAAAAUUUCCAUCCCAAUGUUACUCACUCUCAGCAUUACUGGGAUCUCUUUUUGUGGAGCUGAUGUAGGGGGCUUCAUCGGGAAUCCGGAGGCAGAGCUGCUAGUGCGUUGGUACCAGGCCGGGGCCUACCAGCCCUUCUUCCGUGGCCACGCCACCAUGAACACCAAGCGGCGGGAGCCCUGGCUCUUCGGGGAGCGACACACCCAGCUCAUCCGAGAAGCUGUCAAAGAGCGCUACACCCUGCUGCCCUACUGGUAUUCUCUCUUCUACCGUGCACAUGUGGCUGCCGAACCUGUCGUGAGGCCUCUGUGGACAGAGUUCCCUAAUGAAUUAGAGACUUUUGGUGUGGAAGACGAAUACAUGCUGGGAAGUGCUUUGUUGGUUCACCCAGUCACAGAACCAAAAGCCACCACAGUUGAUGUGUUUCUGCCAGGAUCAAAUGAGGUCUGGUAUGGCUCUAAGACAUUUGCUUAUUGGGAGGGCGCACGUACUGUAAAGAUCCCAGUAGCCCUGGACACAAUACCAGUGUUUCAGCGAGGUGGAAGUAUAGUACCAAUCAAGACAACUGUAGGAAAAUCCACAGGGUGCAUGACCGAUUCCCCAUAUGGACUCCGGGUGGCUCUAAGCCCUAAGGGUUCUGCCAUGGGUGAAUUCUAUUUGGACGAUGGCCAUUCAUUCCAAUACCUCCACCAGAAGCAAUUCUUGCACAGGAAGUUUUCAUUCUGUUCAGAUGUUUUAAUGAACAGUUGUGCUGAUGAGAAGGGUCAUUAUCCGAGCAAGCAUGUGGUGGAGAAGAUCUUUAUCCUAGGCCUCAAGAAGCAGCCAUCUGCUGUGACCACCCACUCACCUGAUGGUAAAGAUCAACCUGUGGCUUUUACAUACUGUGCCAAAACAUCUACCCUGAGCCUGGAGAAGCUCUCGCUGAACAUUGGUGCUGACUGGGAAGUCCACAUCAAAUGACUGGGAAGAGCCCCUGGUGAUGAGCACAAGGAGGCGGCCUGCCCCUUGGCCCUCUUGGAGAUUUGUGCCACACACUCAUUGACUUCUCUGGCUCAAAAUAGUCUUUGACCAGUCUCCAGCUUACUAACAAACAAUAGACUUCAGACUUUUCAGAUUUUACAUUUUUAGUUGUACACAUAAUCCUCUGUGUGUCAAAUGCCACCUUUUCUCCUAGGUACAAGCCCCCCUGAGACAUUUCCAGAGUUUGUAAAUCUUCCAUUGCUUCUUGGGCCAUGGCCCUGUGAUAAGCAUUGUGGCCCAGCAAACAGCUUCUCUCUGGGCCCGGCUGGACGAGUUUGUUGCAUGUGAGACAUGGCCAAGCCCUCCUUGCGUGGCCUGUUCAGGGCAGCUUGCCUCAGGCCACGCAUCAGAGUCGCUCUGGUUAUAUAGCAGCUGAGUUGCUUGGGCCUGUCUCCAAGUGGACAGCAGCUUCUGGCACUGCCCGCCCCCCCAGUUGUCCUUUGCCCACUUUGUGUGCAAAAGGGAGUUAUUCUAGAGAUUGAUUCGGAAGCACAAGGGAUUCUUUUCCUUGUCAUGCUUUUUUGGGCUCCAAAGUUCUAAAUCCAUCAUCUCAAAAUUCUAGUUCCUUUAUCUUAUUUUUAUUUAAUACCUUCUACUAACCAAAGAAUAUUUAUAACAUGAGUAAGCUAUAAUUAGUAAAAUAAAACAAAUACCCAUGUCCCCACCAACCCUCAGAAAUAGAACACAAGGCUGGGACAGGAUGAGGCAAGUGAAGCACCUGCCUGGGCUAAAAAUGCAAUAAUCAAAAAAUAAAAUUUUAGUGCAAUAUUUUAAAAAAUCAAAAUUAAUGCAAAAAAAAAUCCAUGGUGAACAAAAUAGCAACAUUUUAAAUAAAGACAGGAUCAAAAUUACUAAAUUUUCCUUUUGCUUCAGAGUCCAGUAUAGCUAGGCAUGGGACAGAGCAUUAUAACAUCCCAGUCCCUCAGGAUGCCCCCUGCUCUGGACCCCCAGUGACUCCCUGCUCUCGGCCACAGCGUCUGCUGGGCAGCAUCACGCCCUCAGCCCCCCUCCAUAUGCACAGUCCUUAUCAGGCUUCCUCCACUUGGCAGCUGCCACUUCCAUGCCUCAUGGGCCCGGUAUCCGCCACCUCCCCUUUACCUCUGCAGACUUUACCAUCCCUCCAGGCCCAACCCCAGGCCCACUUUUCCAUGAAGCCUUUCUGAUGACACACCCUCCCAGCUCCCCUUGGACCCAGGAGCAGUGAUUUUGCCCUCCUCUGAAAUGCUGCCCCACCUAUAAUGUGUGCUCUACUUAGCAUUCUCAGGGAUGGUCCUUUCAUGUCUCCGGUUUAUCUGUGUUGUUCCCCUACUGGAUUGUAUGUUCCUCAAGAGCAUGUUAUAUUUGUCUUAUAUCUGCCUGAGCACCUUGUACUUGGCUUUCCAUAACUAUUGCUUGUAAUUGCUUAAAUGAUGGAUUUGAUUGAUUAAAAAGUGAGGAUUGAAUGUA